AUGGAGGUCAGCGUGGAGAAUGAGGUCAAGAAGACAUACCCGGAUUUAUCCAUGGUACCUCAAGAAUACCAUGAUCUAAAGGAAGUAUUUAAUAAGAUUAAGGCCAAGAAAAAGCUUGCCCAGCGUCUUCAGGAUGCGGAAAAGUCCAUCGAGGCCGUGAAUGUGAAAUGUGCCUCUCUGGAGAAGACCGAACAGAGGCUACAGGGUGAAGUGGAGGUCUUGAUGAUCGACAUGGAGAGAGCUAAUGCUCUGGCUGCAAACCUGGACAAGCAGCAGAGGAACUUUGAUAAGGUUCUCGCAGAGUGGAAGCAGAAGUAUGAAGAGAGUCAGGCCGAGCUGGAAGGAGCUCAGAAGGAGGCGCGUGCUUUGAACACAGAGAUGUUCAAAAUGAAAAACUCCUAUGAAGAAGCUCUGGGCCACCUGGAGACCCUGAAGAGGGAGAACAAGAACCUGCAACAGGAAAUAAGUGAUUUGACUGAGCAUAUUAGUGAAACAGGAAAGAUGGUUCAUCUGGUGACCCUGGAGAAGCUCCCGUCUGCAAAGGAGAUGGUCUCUCUUCAGGCUUUCAUCCUCAGUCUGAUGGCCAAACUGGGAGGGUAA